AAAAUGAAAAAGGAAGUGAUUGAACAAUUAGGAAAAUCCCUGUUUUACCUGCUGAAAUGGAAAAUACCAGGAAGGAAACCAAAGAAAGUGGUUAAGAUUAGGUCUUCGGACGUCCAGUUUCAUUUAUUGUACUCACGCAUGUGCAGGUAACAGCUGCCUGAAUGACCUGAUGUGAUCAAACAUAGAUAAGUUAAUAUUACGUCAUAUAGAAAAGGCUGCCGCUGCCACAGAAAUCAUAUAGCCACUUCUACAGGAAUGUCGCUCCUAACAUUGAUAGUUCUGGUGGCAUUUUCCCAUAUCUCGGUCGGUUUCAAAAUACGCGCAUCGUGUUUGAAUCUGAGAGGGACUUGUCAGCAUGAUAGUACUUCCUGUUCCGGUAACUACGUCAGCAACUUGUGUUCCGGAUCUUCUUCCAUAAGAUGUUGUGUACCGUCAUCAGAUGGUACCUCUCAAACCAUUUGCAGUAACAUACAGGUAGUCAGUCGUGCUACUUGGGGCGCGAGAAAACCAAAAAAAGUGACUACUAUAACUAAUGCAGUGCCUUGGUAUUUCGUUCACCACACAGAAACCCCAACAUGUUAUAACGAGACUGAGUGUGCUAAAUUACUCAAGAGUAUACAAAAUUACCACAUGAAUGAAAGAGGUUAUAAUGACAUCGGCUACAGCUUCCUGAUUGGUCAAGAUGGACGUGUUUAUGAGGGCAGAGGUUGGGGCGUCGUUGGUGCCCACACUCGUCAUUACAACUCCCGUUCCUACGGAGUUUCCUUUAUAGGGAACUUCAUGAAGAUGCUACCAAUCAAAAACGCCCUCAACGCCGCUAAAGGGCUGGCACAGUGCGGUCUCAACAAAGGAUUUAUGAAACCUACAUACAGCUUAUUUGGUCACCGUGACGUAGGAGAUACGGACUGCCCUGGGAACUCUCUGUAUGCCGAGAUAAGGACCUGGGAUAGAUACAAUUACACUCAUCACUCACCGUUCAGGCAUUGACUGCGCUGCUCCCAUUACUAGUACCACUAUUAGAUGAGUAGGUUAUGGUAAAAAAAAAAAAAAAAAAGACGUAUAG